AUGUCGAGCCCGAGCGGUGACGCGCAAAAGCGUCUCGGCGUCGCUUCGGCUCUACCGACAGCCGACGACCGCCUCAGCGACGAUUCGCACAAUGCCUCGCUCAGCACCACUCCCACGCAGAGCCACAUGCACAAGUCCAACCCUUCAUCCGCCUCGAGACUAACUGCAGGAGCCGCCUCCACUCUUCGACCCAACAGCAACUUGCGCCCUCCGAUCCCUCACGAUACUCCUUCCGCCACAUCGCAUCGUCCGCAGCAGCCAUCCAACUCAUCCUACUCGGCCGCUUCCGACAGACUUAGCGCAUCUAACGACGAGUCCAACACUUCGCUCGUCGGCCGCGCCAAGCCAAGUUCCUUGCUGCGGACACCACAGACACGUCCUGCACUGCCAAGGCAAGGCUCGCGUACUCAGCGUUCCGUCUCUUACGCAAACUCGGACCUCGAAACCGUAUCUGCCAUGUCCGCCUCCGAAUACAGCUCAGCCGGCGAAGACGAUCCAGACCAGUGGCGUAGAUCUCAACGCGGCCGUCCCGCCGACUCUGUCGUCCGUCAAGGCACCAACAUUGGUCGUUCCGGUCUGCUCGUCGAUCCAUCUCGCUCAGCAAGUGGCGUGCCAUCGGCAGCGACCAGCACGUCCAAGACGCGUCGUCCCUCUGCUCACACCAGGGACUCGAGCAAAGUCCGCAGACAGAGCAAAGCCUACCACACCGAAGACGACUAUCUCGACGCUGCAGACGACGAUCGGUACGGUCCAUUGGACGAUGAGGACGACGAGGUCGAGCACCACGACAGAGGUGAGGAGCUCGUUCGUCGUCGAAUGAAGGCUCGUCAGCGCGAAAAAGCUCUGCGUAAGAAGGCCGAAAAGGAGCGUUCUCGCCAAUCGUUUGCUGCCUAUGGAACCACCAGCAACGCUCAGAGCAACAGUGCUUCUCAGGACAACAACAAUGCCGCACUCCUCUCUCCUAGCCUUAAACCUUCCUCGGCCAUCCUCGGUCAACGUUCCACCUCGCCCUCGCCGCUGCCCGAUCGAUCAAGGCGUCCCACCACUAUCACAAUGCCGCCGCCUGCAUUUGGCAAUCAGCAGCUUGGCGCUCUUUCCCCCACCUCGGCAUCUGCUGUGCACAGCCCCGGUGGAGUCGCCAGUAGACUCUCGUCCGCAGCUGGCUAUCCCUCCCCCCAUGGUCACAUUCGUCGACCCAGUUCAAACAAUGCACAGAAUCGCUUCAGUGGGAUCAGCCAUGGCCAAACAAGCACCGCCGGCCCCAGGAGCGCCUCACAAGCGCCUCAAACAGCUCCCGUCGCCAACGACUUUUUCAACGGCCUCGGCUCCGCUUCCAGCAGCGGCCGGGCUCCCACUGAUGCGAGCUCCAGCAUGGCAGGCAGCGUUCAAGCCGAUGAUGAUGCGGACGAGGAUGGCGACACCAUCGCCAGUCUCGCGGAUAGACGUCGUCGCGACGACACCGGCGAACAUACAGGCGAUACCGCUCGACUCAGUGGCGAGGAUGACAUCGAAGCCGAAUUCGACCAAGAUGUCGAGGGCGAGGAUGGCGGCGGUCACGGCGAAGACGACGACGACGACGACGAAGACAUUACGGAUGAUCAAGAUGUCGAGUAUACGCUUAAGGAUCGACAGGACGCCAUCAACAUUGAGCAUCCCUUUGGCCUGCCCAUCUGGAAGCCUGCGCUGUACAAAAAGUCGCGUUCCGUCACCCGCAACGCCGAGAUUGCCCUCCACUCGAUUCCAAGCGCUGCUGCAGAGCGCCACCUCCUGCCUGGCAACAUCCUCUGGACCAUCUUUUUCGGCUCUUGGCUAUCCCUUAUCUGCUACCUUUUCUCCAUCCUCAUCAACUUCGUGCCGCUUGGAGGAUCUCGGUACGCUCGGGUCAUCUGGGAGCUCGGCGGAUAUCUCUUCUGGCCGUUCGGAAAGUACGUCGAAGUUGAGGUUGCUCCCCACAGUGGUGACCGCUGUGCCGGUACAAGCAACAACACCGACGAGGCAGCAGAGACUCAGUGGGUCGAGAACUCUUUCACCCCCGUUGCAGCGCGCUUUCCUCACGACCACGCCCAUGUCGUUCCUUUUAACUCUCGUCCCGAAUCGCUUCUAUCGACGCCGCGCGACAAGCUUGGAAGCAGUCUAAACGACACGCUUCGUCCAGAAGAGACUACUCAUCAGUGUGCCGACGCCGGCUCUUCGAGCGGAUCGGAGGCGCGCAAGUCCACGCCACGUGCCUCUGAGCAUGGUGAGUCCAGCCGCACCUCGCAACAGGAGCAGGACGAGACAACUUCGCUCAAGGGCAAGGCAAAGGCAAACGACUACGGCUCCACCUACGACUCGCAGAUCGGAAACCAACUCACCGACCUCGAGCGCAUCGAGGCUGAGCAACGAGUUUAUGGCUACGUCGACGAUGAACACGGUCACGAUGUCGGCGCUUCGCAACGGGUCGGUGGCCGCGCAGCCUUCGCCAUCUUCUACGGCAUCUUCCUCUUCCCUCUGAUGGGUCUCGUCUGCCUCGCAUGCUGGGGCAUGGUCUUUCCUAUUCCUAUGGCUAAGCUGACGUGGGUCUUGCUCAAGAACCUGGCCACGCGUCCAUUGGCUCUGCACUUCCGCUCGGCAUCAGACUUGGCGAAGCGGCAGCAGCAGCACGGCGAGAUUGACGAGAUUGCUGGCGCCGCAAAGAAGUUCUUCCUCCCGCUGAAACCUGGCGAGCCCGCUCCGCGUCCCGCACCGGUCAACGCUGGCAAGGUCACCCUGCAGCGACGCAGCAAGAUCCUGCUCUGCACGUACCGUGCCGUCGGCAGCCAGUACUACAAGUACACGGUCGGUGGCGUCAACAUCUUGUUCGUCAACACGCUCCCCCUGGUCUUUUUCACCAUCUUCGACUUUUUCGUCAUCGAACGCUACGUCGAGCACCACGGCAUCAAGCACGGCUUCCUGGCUUUUAUCUCAGGUCAGGGCGUCAUCUUUAUGCUUGCGCUUGGAAGCGUUAUCCCGCUCUCCUACUUCAUCGGCAUGGCGGUUGCAAGUAUCAGUGCACAGAGCAGUAUCGGCAUGGGUGCCGUGAUCAACGCCACUUUCGGUUCCAUAAUCGAGAUCAUCCUAUACGCGAUCGCAUUGACGCAAGAAAAGGCGCGGCUGGUCGAAGGUUCGCUCAUCGGAUCCAUUUUGGCUGGUGUGCUGCUCAUGCCCGGUCUCUCGAUGUGCUCCGGCGCCACGAGGAGAAAGGAGCAGCGCUUCAACGCCAGAUCUGCCGGUGUAACCAGCACCAUGCUGAUCAUGGCCAUCAUCGGUAUCCUAACGCCUACGCUGUUCUAUCAAAUCUAUGGCACCUUCCAGUUGACCUGUGAAGGUUGUCCCACUGGCAACGUCCCUGGCGAUACUUGGAGUUGCCGUCGAUGCUUCUACGAACAUGUGCCACCGGCCACGGAUCCCUUCUUCCAGCAGAACGUCCGUGGCCUCAUGUACACUUGCACCGUCGUCUUGGUGCUUUCGUACGGGGUCGGAUUGUGGUUCUCGUUGCGCACCCACGCUUCUCAGAUCUGGCAGAACCCCCAGCCGGUGCAGCCAGGUCAAAACCUUGUGGCCAACCAAGCAACACUCGCACACCUUCCUUCGGCACAGCGCGCUUCGAUCUACAAACGACUUGUCCCCGCGACGGUGAUGCAGCAGCUCUUGCCGACGACGCAACCUGCUGGUGGCGCAAGCGGUGCGCAAGGCCACUCUUCGGCCAUCAGUGGGACGACAUCGGCACCCGGCACGAUCAAGGCUUCUGGACAUGCACAUCAAAGUACAGACGCUACGCAGGACGGUCCACGACCUUUGCAGCUGCCCGAGCACUUCAGCCAGGAAGAGUAUGAUCGAGCUGUGGCACUCACAGCGUCCGCCUUCCACACUAUGCUACAACAGCAGCAGCGACACGACGAUCACCAUUCUGUGAACCCGGGCGGCGGCGAACGAGAUCAUCUUCGUCGUCAUCAGUCGCAACAACAGCAGCAGCAGCACGGCAAGCAUGCGUCCAUGCACGAAGAAGCGGCAGCAGCUGCACCGCGAGGAGCUGCACACGAGGAGUCCGAGGGUCACGGUGGUCACGAUGCCCCUUCGUGGUCGAGAGGUACAUCGCUCACAGUGCUCCUCUCGUGCACCGUACUGUACGCCAUCAUCGCUGAGAUCCUCGUCGAUGUCGUCGACGUCGUUCUCGAUGGCUCCGGAAUCGACGAGAAGUUCCUCGGCAUCACCCUUUUCGCUCUGGUCCCCAACACCACCGAGUUUAUGAACGCCAUGUCCUUUGCGAUCAACGGCAACAUCGCACUCUCGAUGGAGAUCGGCUCCGCCUACGCUCUGCAAGUGUGCCUGAUCCAGAUCCCCGCCAUGGUGGUCUUCUCGGCUUACUACAACUCGGGCAUCUCGGACGACCUCAACCUGAUCCACCGAAGCUUCACCCUCAUCUUCCCACGAUGGGAUGUGAUUGCGAUCAUCUUUGCCGUCUUUUUGCUCACCUACACGUACAUCGAGUCGCGAUCCAACUACUAUAGGGGUACAAUCUGUAUCUUGAGCUAUACGGUGCUGGUAGCUGGAUUUUUCUUUGCUCCUAGCACGGGGGACGUCGAGGAUCCAGGCGAUGACAACAGGGGGUUGAAAGGUAUGGUUGGGACCAUGGGGUUGAUGGCAGGAGAAGGUUUGAAGGGUCUGAUGGGUCAGAAGAUGAUGUUUGCGGUGGAUGGCGGGAGACAAAUGCAAAUUUCUCGAGACAGGUGCAAAAUAAUCGUGAUGGACAAGAGAAGCUAA